CAUCCAGGGUGGACCGCGGGCUGAGCAGCCUGGUUCGCGCAAAGCUCGAUCAUUAUUCGGGAUCAUGGCGGCUGGACUGUCAGUGUUGUGUUGUUCCCGCUCGCUCACCCGUGUGCUGCGGGUGAGCAAAUACACGUCUCUUUCUGCGACCGUUAGAGUUGCCAAGGAGCCGAAGCAAUGGUACUCAGUCGGCAACUUGACCGUGCAGGAGAGAAUCGAGAGGAAGUCUCAAAGGGCGAUGCUAGGAGGAGGUCAACACAGGAUAGAUGCCCAACACAAGAGGGGGAAGCUGACUGCCAGGGAACGUAUCCAGCUGCUCCUGGACCCUGACACCUUUGUAGAAUAUGACAAGUUUGUUGAACACAGAUGCUCAGAUUUUGGUAUGGGCACAGAAGACAAUAAGUUUCCUGGUGACAGCGUUGUGACUGGUCAGGGCCAAAUUAAUGGGCGACUUGUUUAUGUCUUCAGCCAGGACUUUACAGUCUUUGGGGGAAGUUUGUCAGGAGCUCAUGCACAGAAAAUCUGUAAGAUAAUGGAUCAGGCUCUCUUGGUGGGGGCUCCAGUAAUAGGUCUGAAUGACUCUGGAGGAGCACGUAUUCAGGAAGGUGUGGAGUCAUUGGCUGGUUAUGCUGAUAUUUUCCUGAGAAAUGUAUUGACCUCCGGAGUCAUUCCCCAGAUCUCCCUCAUCAUGGGUCCUUGUGCUGGUGGUGCUGUCUAUUCACCUGCCUUAACUGACUUUACAUUUAUGGUAAAGGGUACUUCUUACUUAUUCAUUACUGGCCCAGAUGUGGUGAAAUCUGUUACCAAUGAGGAUGUGACACAGGAAGACCUUGGUGGUGCAAAAACCCACACUGCAGUUUCAGGUGUUGCACAUAGGGCUUUUGAAAAUGAUAUUGAUGCCUUACUGAACUUAAGAGAGUUCUUCAAUUAUAUACCUCUGAAUAACAAAGAUCCAGCUCCAAUAACAGAAUGUCAGGAUCCAUGGGACAGGUUGGUGCCGGGCUUGGAUACCUUGGUUCCUCUUGAGUCUACAAAAGCAUAUGAUAUGUUGGAUAUUGUCCAUGCGAUUGUGGACGAAAGGGAAUUUUUUGAGCUCAUGCCCAAUUAUGCAAAGAAUAUUAUUAUUGGAUUUUCCAGAAUGAAUGGAUGCACAGUGGGAAUUGUGGGCAAUCAGCCUAAAGUGGCUUCAGGUUGUCUGGACAUUAACUCUUCGGUGAAAGGAGCUCGUUUUGUCAGAUUCUGUGAUGCAUUUAACAUCCCAAUCAUUACAUUUGUGGAUGUGCCUGGAUUCUUGCCAGGAACCAAUCAGGAAUAUGGAGGAAUAAUCAGACAUGGUGCAAAGUUGCUUUAUGCCUUCGCUGAAGCAACAGUUCCCAAAAUUACGGUGAUCACUCGAAAGGCAUAUGGUGGUGCUUAUGAUGUGAUGAGCUCCAAACACUUGAGAGGAGACUUGAACUAUGCUUGGCCAACAGCUGAGGUUGCAGUUAUGGGCGCUAAGGGUGCUGUGCAGAUUAUCUUCAAGGGGAAGGUCAACGAGGAGCAAGCAGAGGCACAGUAUGUGGACACCUUUGCAAACCCAUUCCCAGUAGCAGUGAGAGGUUUUGUCGAUGAUAUAAUUCAACCAGCAACCACUCGAAUGCGCAUUUGUCGAGACCUAGAGAUGCUGGCAAACAAGAAACAGACCAAUCCUUGGAAAAAACAUGGCAACAUCCCUUUGUAACAAAACUUUUAGGAUUAUAUGCAGAUAGCACAGAAAAAAAUUCAUUUCAGGAAGACUCGAUUAUUUAAAAUCAAAUAAAUCUUCAUUUGGUAGCAGGAACUUCUUUUGGGUAUAACAAAUUAACAGAAUAAAUUGUUCUUGUUCUA